ACCGUUCCGCCGUGGCGCCGCACCUCGCCGCGGUCCCGCAUGGCGAAGGCGGACCCCGAGGCGGCGGCCCGCGGGAAGGGCCGGAGGAGGAGAGUCCGGCGGGGCCCCGGGCAGCACGCGGGGACGGCCGCGCAGAAGGGCCAGAAGGCGGCGGCAGUGGCGGCCCUGCCCCGCAGCCCUCAGGAGUUCUCCUCCAACUGGAAGGCGCUGCAGGAGCUACUGAAGCAGAAGGCAAGCACCUCGAAUGAGCCCCUCCCUUCAGCUCAGACAAACACCAAGAAGCAGCAUCUGCUCAAAGAGGGAAACAGCCAACAGGUUCCAGCUGGCACUGGGGAUGAAAAUGUGUUGAAACCCAAAUCCACGAAUAAAAAGGACAGGGGUCCUACUGCACACAGUCCUCCUCUGGCCAAGGUGAAAUCCAAGAAGGCUGCAACAGACAAGAAUUCAAAGCCUAAACACACAGAUAAGAGGGCCAAGAGUUGUGCUGAUGGCAGCACUCCUAUGGCUGGGCCCAAACCCAGGAAGGCUGAAGAGGACAAGAAUUGGAAUGGCACCAAAAGCGACGGGAAGAGCUGUAAAGAAAAAAGGAAAAAUGGCAAUAUUGAAAAGGAGAAGAGCGACGUGAAACAUAAGAAGAGGAAAGCUGAAGCUGCAGUGCAGCAGCCCAAAGAGGCUGACAUCUGGUUUGAUGAUGUUGAUCCAAAAGACAUCGAAGCAGCAAUAGGACCUGAAGCAGCAGAAGUUGCUAGAAGGAAACUGGGACUUGAAGCAGGCCAAUCCAAACAGUCUGUGGAGCAGGUGCUGGUUAAAGAGAAGUCUUCUGGAGGUCUUACAAGAGCUGUAGCUAUGGACUGUGAGAUGGUGGGAGUGGGACCCAGCGGCGAAGACAGCAUUGUGGCCCGUGUGUCCAUCGUGAACCUCUUUGGAAAGUGCAUUUAUGACAAGUACGUCAAGCCUACAGAAGAGGUGACAGAUUACAGAACAGCUGUUAGUGGCAUACGACCUGAGCAUCUAAAGACAGGUGAAGAUUUUAAAACAGUUCAGAAGGAAGUCGCUGAUAUCUUGAAUGGAAGGAUUUUAGUUGGGCAUGCAUUACACAAUGACCUAAAGGUCCUAUUUCUUGAUCAUCCUAAGAAGAAAAUACGUGACACACAAAAAUACAAACCUUUCAGACAGAGAGUCAAGAAUGCACGGCCAUCAUUGAAGCUGCUCUGUGAUAGACUUCUAGAUGUUCAGGUGCAGACAUCAGAGCACUGCUCGAUUCAGGAUGCACAAGCAGCUAUGAGACUGUACACCUUAGAGAAAAAGGAAUGGGAAGCUGCUCUUAAGAACAAAUCUAAAAGACAAACUGUGAAACUUGAAUGAUUCCAUACUGUGUUCUUUAACUGCAUUUGCUGCUUUGCUGUCAGAUCCCAGGCAAGUUCAGGGAGAGCUACUCAGAACUAACAGCAGCAAUUUCAUAAAGUAAUACAAACAAAAACUCAGAGUACGUGAACAUUGCUGCCAUACAAUAAUACUGCUGAAGUAUCCCCUUUCUGGAUAGUACAUACACCUAAUUGAACAAUACUUGCAAAUGCCUGCAUUUGUGAAGUACUUGGAAAGGAAAUAAAUACUAAAUGAGCAAUAAAAAGAGAAAGUUUGCAAAUUAUUAUAGGUGCAGAAAGAAACUGAUACUCCUUUACUGAAACUCUCAAGACUAAAACCUUUAUUUUGGAUAUUUUUGAAGUCUACAAGGUAAGGCAAGCUCUUAAGUAUUGCUAUUAGUCUCACUGUUGUGGUAACUAAAGAGAACAUAGAAUUAUUUAAGUAUUGUUAAUGGUCCAAUAUUAAUCUUCCUGGUGAGAAAUAUCUUGUAAAAUACUUCAGGAUGAUCCAGGCUUUUAUAUCUGAGCCAGAAGUCUACAGGUCUUGUUCUUAUACAGAAAGCUUUUACUUUACUCCUGCAGUUUCAAAAGUGCUGUAUCCGCAAGGGUCAUAAUCUCCUGGAGAGAAAUAUGAGAACUGAUAAAUAUAAGACUACCUUGUUGUUUCAAUUAUUUUUAUACUUUGUUAAUAAAGAACUGUGCUUAAAAUAGGCCUUUAAAACAAAUGAUGUUUUAAACACAUGGGGUUUGAUUCUGGAAAAUCCAAAGCAGUAUUCAUUCUGUUAAUUACAACUAAUGCCGCGCUUUUAAUAAUUUAAAUAGUGGAAGGUAGCAAGGUACAGGUUUCAGAGAACUAGCAGUUGCAUGCCACACAGCGUACUGCUAGAUUAAGAGAUUCCGGUCUUGUCUGUCUGCCUUGUCUUCAUUGUGGAACACAGGGAACAACAAAUUGCAUUUACAACAGAGGGAGCUGCUUUCUUCUGAUUUCUGUUUGCUUUUUUAAUGCACUAACUUAUAGCUUCAGUUUUCAUUAAUAUGCUUCAGGCAGUGCCUGCAGGAGACAGCGGAGAACAAGUUUGUUUGCAACUGCCUGAGACAAUUUAUGUAAGCAGACUAAAUGCAUAACUGAAAAAAAACAGUGUUAUAAGACUAGCCAGUUAUAUUGGCUUGCUGGAAAAAAGACACCUAAUUGUCUAAUUGAUGGCUACCUGACAGCAAGCCUUUGUAAAGGAAAUUUUAGAAUAACACAUUAAAUAGGUUGAAUAACUUCA